GAAGAACCAGACACUGGCGCUUGGGAAUCUGAGAACCUUUCCUUUCUUCACAUUUCUGCCUGCUGGCUGUCUGUCUCUCUGAAGAGUCUUGGCUGAAUAUGGUGCAGCAAGUUCUGUACAGAGCUUUGGUCUCCACCAAAUGGCUAGCAGAAGCCGUACGGGCCAAUAAAGUUGGCCCUGAACUGCGGGUGCUGGAUGCCUCCUGGUAUGAACCUGGCACCAGAAAUGCCCAGAAAGAAUUCCAGGAACGCCACAUUCCUGGAGCCUCCAUUUUUGAUAUAGAGGAAUGCAAAGAUAAGUCGUCACCUUAUGAGCUCAUGUUACCCAGCGAGAAGCACUUUGCUGAUUACGUUGGCCAGCUGGGCAUCAGCAAUCAAACGCAUGUUGUUGUCUAUGAUGGAGACCACUUGGGCGGCUUCUAUGCGCCACGGGCUUGGUGGAUGUUCCGGGUCUUUGGGCAUCGAACUGUCUCCGUAUUGAAUGGAGGGUUCAAGAACUGGGUGAAAGAGGGACAUCCUGUGACUUCUGAGAUCACCCGGCCAGAGCCAGCCAUUUUUAAAGCCACCCUUGACAGGUCACUCCUGAAGACUUAUGAGGAGAUGGUGGAGAAUAUGAAAUCCAAGCGUUUCCAGGUGGUGGAUUCCAGAUCUGAAGGUCGAUACGAGGGAACAGAACCUGAGCCAGGGAAGGAAGGACUUGAACCAGGCCAUAUCCCAGGCACUCUGAACAUGCCUUUUUUCAAUUUCCUGACUGAGGAAGGAUUUGAGAAGAGCACAGAGGAGCUCCAGAGCAUGUUCCAGGAGAAGAAAGUGGACCUCUCAAAGCCACUAAUUGCUACCUGCCGGAAGGGGGUUACAGCCUGCCAUAUAGCCCUGGCAGCAUACCUGUGUGGGAAACCAGAUGUGGCUGUCUAUGAUGGAUCCUGGUCAGAAUGGUUUCGCCGUGCACCACCAGAGCACAAAAUUUCCAAGUGGAAUCGCAACAAGGCUUAAGUGAAGGAACAUCCUUCUGUCAACAUCUUUUACUUGUUUAUGUUAUGAAACUGGUGCUUAAUCAUUUCUAACAAAGGAUAGAGAAAUAGAUGAAAUUCCUGUUCUUUUAUAAUUUUCUAGUUUUCUAAUCCAUAAAUCUGGUAAUUUAAUAAAACAGAAUUUCAGGUUAA